AUGGCGCGCGCAGCCGUCAUCCCUGGUGUAGCUGCCGCAACCACCAGCACUAUCAGCACAAACGAACAACCAGCGACGCGCACAACACGAGGACGUGGACGAAACGCCGCGCAGACCGAGACAUCCAAAACCGAACAACAACCCGCGAAGAGGGGGAGGAAACCCGGUAAAACCGCUACAUCCGCUACAGCCUCUACAGCACAGAAAAAGAAGCAGACGGCGGUAGUAGUAUCAAAAGGACUUGAUGAAGAAGAGGAGGAAGAAGAAGAAGAAAGUACGGAUGAUGAGAUUGGGUUGAAGCCGAAUAAUAAGACUGCUGCUGCUGCUGCGUCAACGAUAGUUAGAAGGGGCCGGCAGGCGAGGAGUGCUUCUGUUCAGAGCGAGCAGGAACAACACACUGAUGAAGAUGAGGGAGGAGAAGAAGAUGACGAUGAUGACGAUGAACUGGCUCAGUUUGGAGUGAUGACCAAGAAGACAGCUCGGCCAAAGGCCAAAACUCCUACUACUAGUAAAAAAACAAAAGCUGAGCCAGCGACAAGACCUACGCGAGGACGUCCCAAGACUGUCAAAGAUUCAGAACCAGCAGCGACAACAACAACAACAACAACAACAAGAAAAACCCGAGGCCGACCACCCACAAAACCAGACGCAGGGAAAAAGAUCUACGUUGCGACGAAUUCGAGCUUUGCAAAGUCAAAGCCCGUUGGCGAACCCGCCGUGCGGAAAAAAGUUACAUUUGCCGAUCUCGCUGGUUCUGAAGAUGAGGAAUCCGAAAAAGAAAAACCUACUAAAACUACCGCCGCCAAAAAGCCGGCUAAAUCUGCAGCUGGUCUCAAGGCUAAGCCUGUUCGCAAGACAGCAGCGGGUACCACCGCAGGUAGAGGGCGUCCUGCCAAAGUUCAACCUGCGGCAAAACCGCUGUCGCCCAAGAAGGCGACGCAGUUGGCAAAGAUUUCGUCUUCGGCGAGCUCGGGAGAUGAAGAUGAGCUUGCUAGUGAGAAGAAUAUUUACUCUCUGGUCGUUCGCUCUCCGAUCAAGAAUCAAGCGCCACAACAUACAGGACUGAGCUCGCCCGUCAAGAGGAUCAACUUUACCGGCUCUACAACCCCAUCAAGACCCGCGAGUCGUAUGGAAAAUGAUGAGAAUUCGGUUCCGGGAGUCCAGCCUGCUUCGGCUCUGCGAGACCCAGCUGCUUUCCUGGGCAGUCCUGCUCGACGACCUCCGCCAUCGGCAUCCAAGGAAUCUAUCAAAGAUACCCCGCGACGCGGACCCCUCUUCGCCAGCCAGCUAGCAGCUCCAAAUAUUGCUCAAGCUGAAGCAGCCACGCCUACGAGACUGUCGCCAUUAAAGGUAUCACCCAAAAAGGGCGCCAAUCUAGGUGCUUCGUUUCUGGGCUCUCCUGAAAAAGGUCUAUCUACACCGUUUAAUGCCAAGCUAUCCUUGCUGAAAAGCCCUGCAAAGAGAAUCCAGUCUCCUUUCGUUUUUCAAAAGGUAACAACGGCACUGUCAAAUGCAGAUGAAGAUGUGGACAUGGAUGGUCAUGCUACCAACAAAUCUUCUGAGCAUGUUGAUGAUUCUAGUGACGAUGAACUCAGUUUUGAAAUUAAGCCAACACGGUCAGCUGAAGAAAGUGAUGACGUGUUUGUUGACCAGCCAGUCCAGGUUGUGGACGAGCAGCAAGAUAUGUACGUCGUCGAUGACAACGAACAAGUCGAAGAAGUUGCAGACUACGAGAUUCAACACGAUGGAGAAGACAAAGAAAACGCCGAGCCAGAACUCGAAGAAGAGGAGGCGGUCCAUGUUGAAGAGUCUACUGAGCCGCAGCUGCAUGAUAAUGAAGUCGACGAGAACAUGCAAGAGGAAUAUCUAGCCAUGAAUGUUGGCCAAGAUGCGGACGUUUUUGAUCAAGACCUGCCUGUCGAGAAUGACCAAAUUGACGACAACAUUGAACAUGCCCAGGAUGAUGAUCGCAUGGAAGAGGACGGAGAUGAGGCAGCUCCUAACCCCGACAUUGACCAAUCUGAAAACAAGGUAAAAGUCAAAGCCGAACAAAGCGAAGCAGAACUAGGCGUCGAACACAUCGAGGUUCAUUCCGAGACCAGUGAAACGCGUCAACUUUCGCCUACCGAGCUUGAGCCUGCCAUUGAUACACUUUCGAUCCAUUCUCAGGAGGGCAAUGCACCAAGUGAUAAGGCCGAGGAUGUCAUGAUACACGGCGAGUACGAAGACAACGACCAAGAUGAGACUAUCUCGGAAAUCCCGGCACCGGCAUCGCCAGCAGUGUCACUCACCAGGUCUACAAACUCCAUCCGAUAUGUCCAUCCUGAUGAAAUCGACGAGCCGCAGUCUCCUAACAAAACGCCCACCACCUUUGUGCCUCCUUCGGCGCCGACUCCGCCUACAAAUCCCGCGCAUAUGCACUCGUUGAUGUUUUCUUACCGAGAUGCUCAAGAAGACACGAGUUCGGUCUACGAUCCCAGUCCGGUGAAACGUCGCUCUCGGGUUUCAACUCGUGAGAGUAUUCUCCCACAAACCCCAUCUGCUUCUGCUUCUGCAGAUCUCUCCUUCAGUCCCCUUGCUGCUCAGUUGAGUCAGUGGAGGGCAAGCAGCCCAGAGAAAACCCAAACAGACCGACCCCAAAGAAGCAUUUUCUCUCCGGUCAUUCCCAGUCAGUUGAAAAUGAAGCCCAAGUCUCCAACAAAGAAUAGGUACAGCCAGAUACAGACAAUGCGUCACUCGCUCGCCGCGAGGCACUCAUUGGCAAACUCAACAAGCAUGGAUGACAACGAGACGGACACUGUCGAAAGACAAUCAGGCCAAAAUGAAGAACAGCCCUCACAACAGGUCGCUGAUGCUGUUCCUAACGAGUCAGCACAAAGCAAAUCAUCACCAACUAAACCAGCCGAGUCUCGCCCCUCAAUGUCGAUUACACCAAUUAGGGUUAUCCGCGAUGCAAACCGCACCGUCCACACAGUCUCCAAAGUACCUCUCAAGCCAGAAGGAGAUAUCUCGCCUAUCAAGUUUCCUCGCAAGCGCGCCAGGGCCAUGUCCUUUGACAUGGACCUUCCAAUCCGAGCAUCGCCCAACCGUGUCAAGCUUGUUCCCAAAAGCCGGGUGCAUCCUUCUCUAUCACCACGUAAACAGCGUGUUCCUCUAGGCGAAAUUGAGCCACAUUGUAUUGAAGGUCCUAGACCCGACCCGUCUGUGGCUGCAGCCAGCCUUGUGAAGACUCCUCGCGCAAAUUCCAAGGCCGAAGAGCAAGUCCUGCAAGGUGCUGUUGUCUUUGUUGAUGUUCACACUACUGAAGGUGAGGAUGCUAGUGGUAUCUUUGUUGAGCUUCUUACGCAGAUGGGUGCAAAGUGUGUCAAGUCCUGGGCUUGGAACGGACGCUCAAGCCAGUCGCCAGUCGAUGGUACAGAGCCAGUGGCCAGUAAAGUAGGCAUCACCCAUGUCGUCUACAAGGACGGCGGCGUUCGUACCAUGGAAAAAGUGCGACAAGCAAGAAACUUGGUCAAAUGUGUCGGAGUUGGCUGGGUUCUUGACUGCGAACGAGAGAACAAGUGGCUUGAUGAAUCUCGUUAUAACGUCGACAGCACCAUCAUUCCUCGCGGAGGAGCCAAGCGCAGGAAGAGCAUGCAGCCUAGAGCACUAGCAAACGUCAACGGCUCCUUGCUAUCGUCAUCAACCAGCAGCCGCCCAUCUCGCAGUUCGACUGAGUGGGAGGGUACCGUCGAAAACUUCAAACGCAUGAGCCCUAGCCCUAGCACACCUCCGCCUGCAGCAGGCGAGUCAUUCCUCAACAAAAUCCCCGAGGCACCCAAAACACCCACCCCUGGUGGUGGUGAUAGCUCGUAUGCCUUCAACUUUGACUUUUCGGCGAUGUCGCCUGCAACACCGUACUUUUUGUCCCAGCCUUCUCGCCUCGUUCAGCAGACAUGCCCGCCAAAACAGACAAAUCAGGGCUUGUUCUCCGUGAGCAGCAGCGAGUCGCAGGCUCCGAGAGGGAACAGAGAUUUACGCGCAAAGCUCGAGGCAGCGCGUCGCAAGAGCUUGGCAUUUAAGCCCAGACAUGAGAGUCCACUAUCUCAAUAUUAG